AAUGGAAUAAGAUCGAAAGAAACAUAUUGGAUUGAUAUCGUGAUGGUUUUUGCUUCUUUAAGUGUCGGUACCUAUUAUAGAAGACGUACUCGCUGUUGUAUUGGUAGUCAUAAAUGUCGGUGAAGAAUCUACGGGGAUAACAUUGAAAAACGUUUUCAACUGGAUACACUUGUUAAAGGAUGGAUAUAACUGGCACAGGCUUGAACGUGUCAAGUGCUGCGUUUGGAAUGUUUACGGACGGCGCCACGCCGUAUCCCGGCUUCGGGACGGAGAAUGUCUCGCAUUAUAGCCCUUCACAAGGGGCAGACGACCCCGUUGAUAUCCGCCCGGGAUUCACAUAUAGCCCAGGGAUAGGCACAACGAACUUUAGCAUCGGAUUCAACGAGACGGACCAAGAGAACGCGACAGGGCCACGCCUCAAGCCGGUCAUUCAACUGACAACUCCAUACCGGAUCAUAUCGUGUUUUUUUUACAGUGUAAUCUUCUUGGUGGGGUUUGUUGGAAAUGUUAUGGUAGUAAUUGUAGUAUCGAAAAUACGGGUGAUGCGAACUCCUACCAACUGUUACCUUGUCUCUUUAGGCGUGGCGGACAUUUUGGUUUUGGUGUCCGCGUGUUUACCGCAGGUUUUCGCAACUGGUGUCCCCUCCUUGCGGAUGGAUGAGUGGAUACUCGGCCACGUCACUUGCUCCAUUCUAAUUUUUCUAAACUAUCUGGGCGUCAACGUUUCAUCUUUAUCUAUCACAGCCUUCACCAUUGAAAGAUACAUUGCAAUCUGUCAUCCCAUGAAAGCGCAAACAAUCUGCACAGUGAAAAGGGCCAAAAGGAUUAUAGUGGUCCUGUGGACGUUCGGGAUAUGUUACAACGCCCCCUGGCUUGCACUGACCACAAUAGUUACCUACAAUCUCGUGGACGGUACCACUCAAGAUAGCUGCACAUUCAAACUUACUCGGGGUUUUUAUAUCUGGGUUUAUAUGGCAGAUUUCAUGUUGUUUUACGCGAUUCCUCUUAUUCUUACUUGUGUUCUCUACGGGCUUAUCGGAAGGAUUUUAUUCUCGAGCACGAUACCAAAAACGCCUGGAAAAUCGAACGGAACGAAUUCGGAAACGAAGAAGUCUUCGGUGCAAACGUCCAGAGUUCAGGUGAUCAAAAUGCUGGCCAUAGUGGUGGGACUUUUUGCAAUCCUAUGGUUACCAUACCGGGCCUGGGUGGUCUUCAAUUCCUUCAGCUCCCGGCCCUACCACGACAUGUGGUUCCGACUGCUCUGCCGUAUGAUGGUUUUCAUGAACAGCGCCAUUAAUCCAAUUUUAUACAACGCCAUGUCGGUCAAGUUCCGUCGUGCCUUCAAGAGACUUUUAACAUGUGGUAAGUACUGA